GACCAGAUCAUCAGCAAAACAACCAUACCUUUUCAACAAUGCCUAUGAAAUGGGACGAUGGCGCUGUCGCCAUGUUGUGCGGCACGAUUGUUGCAAUCCUGGGCACCGAUGGCAUCACUCAGGAGCAAAAGGAUGCUAUCGUGGAGAGGAUGAAUUCCGCUGGCUACGAUGUUGCCUGGAACGGUAUUAGCAUUCAUUUCUACAAGAUGCCCAGAUUCGAGGAUAUCAAGGGGGACCUUUUUGAAGCCAUUUGGCGUGCUACUGCUCCGACGUUCGGGCCGGAGCAGCAAUCGGCUGUUAUCACCCAUCUUAAGGCAAAAGGCAUCGAGAUGACUUGGGACGCUGUGCGUGCCCCCGGUCUGCACGAGGACCUUGUUGCCGUGCUGCUCAAGCAAGAUUUGGUUUCCACUGAAAAUUGGAAGGCUGUGCUUGCCGGCAUGCAUGAAGCUCAGUAUCAGUUCACCUGGAGAGGUUUCGAGCAACAUCUGCAAAAGCUCAAGAAGAAGGACCCCAACGGCCCUGGCGCAGCUACGCCCUCAACUCCAAAGGGCAAGAAGACCGCCGCCUCUGCCACAGGCUCCGCUGCUAAGUCGACUUCGAAGCGAGGUCGCAAGCCGGCUAAGAAGGUGUUGGACGCGGAUGACGAUGAGGAGGAUGACUUCGACGCCUCUCCUUCCAAGAAGACCAAGACCGAGGACAAAGCGGAAAACGAUGCCAAGGUUGAUCGUGUCAAGGCGGAGCACGUCGAGGAGGAUGAUGCCAUCUAG